AUGAUUGCAGCUCAGUUCAUUGGCAUUCCUUUCCAAAAACCAUUCCUUGAAGCACAGCUUGAACUUGCGAAUGGAAGCCGGAAGGAGUAUCCAUCCAAUGGCCUCAACUUUGGCAGUGCUGGCAGUGGAGUUCUAAGAGAAACAAAUAAGGAUUGGGGGGUGACACCAAUCCAGGACCAACUUCAACAAUUCCAAUCACUAGUAGACCAGAACCACAUAAACAGCACACUGGUCCAACAGUCUCUCUUCUUCUUUGAAUCCGGAUCCAACGACAUCUUCAGCUACUUCUACCCAUUCAACACUCCAACUCUCAACCCAGUCGCUUAUGUCCAAGCCAUGCUGACAGAAGUCGGGCAUUUUGUCGACCGAAUUUACACACUAGGCGCUCGAAGAAUCUCCUUGUUCUCGCUUGGCCCGGUUGGCUGCGUUCCGGCUAGGGCCGUGUUGCCAGGUGCACCUACUGAUCGUUGCUUUGGAAAGAUGAAUCGAAUGGUGAAGGAUUACAACAAAGGGUUGGAGAGAUUGGUUAUGAGCAUACCUAUCAAGUACCCUGGUGCAGUUGCUGUUUAUGGAUCAGUAUACAACACUGUCCAGCUUUUUCGAGCCCUUCCAAAACGUUAUGGUUUUCUUGAUGUAAGCAGUGCUUGUUGUGGCUAUGGAACUCUUAAUGGAGAGGUGCAAUGUGGGCAGCAAGGUUACAAGCUCUGUCCAAACCCUAAUCGGUUCUUGUUUUGGGAUUAUUUUCAUCCUUCAGAGCAUACUUACAAACUGGUCUCCAAGGCCUUGUGGGGUGGAAGAAAAUCACGAAUUCGACCUGUAAAUUUGAGGACUUUAGCCAACAUGACCCUCCCCCAUGUGUGA